AUGGAGCUGCUCUGUGGUUCUGAGGUUAGCCCCCCACCAUUUCAGCCCAGUACACCACGCAACUCAAGCCCGCUGACUAAAUCAAACUUAAUGUUUCGACCCUCUGGUCUUCUUCGUACUUCGAUCAAAAGACUAGACGCGAUCAACAAACAACUAUCCACAAUGGCUCCUACUGCUUCAGAGAAACAUUACGACUACUUGGUAAUUGGUGGCGGUUCGGGAGGUGUGGCUUCGGCUCGCCGUGCUGCUUCUUAUGGUAAAAAAGUGUUGUUGGUGGAGGCUCAAUUUAACAAGUUGGGGGGCACCUGUGUCAACGUGGGGUGUGUACCCAAGAAGGUGAUGUGGUAUGCUGCCGAUAAUGCUCAUAGAAAGAGCCAAUUGGGUGCUUAUUGUUUACCUGGUGGGGGAGAGACUUCGUAUGGUGAAUUUGCUUGGAGUGAAUUCAAGGAAAAAAGAGACGCUUAUGUUCGUCGUUUGAAUGGGAUCUACGAGCGCAACUUGAUCAAGGAGGGCGUGGACUUUUUGUUUGGUUUUGCUAGGUUUAUCAAUUCCAAUGGUGAUGUCGAAGUGACGGUUUCUGAGGACCACGAAUUUUUAUCGAAAAAAGUCACCAAGAAUGAAAAAUUGACUUUUUCUGCUGACAAUGUCUUGAUUGCUACGGGCGGUGCUCCUAUUGUUCCUCCAAAUGUUGAGGGAAGCGAAUUGGGUAUAACUUCCGAUGGGUUUUUCGAGUUGAAAAAACAGCCCAAAUCGGUGGCUAUUGUGGGUGCCGGAUACAUUGGUGUGGAGUUUUCGGGGUUUUUCCUGGCUUUGGGCACUCAAACGUCGAUGGUGAUUCGUGGAGACACCGUUUUGAGAGCUUUUGACGAAGUUAUUCAAAAUACUAUCACUGACCACUACGUUAACAAAUUGGGUAUCAAUAUGAUCAAACAAAGCGGCAGUGUUUCCAAGAUUGAAAAGCUCGAAAACGGACUCAAGAAAGUGUAUUUGGGCAACGGAACCUCCCUCGAGGCAGAAGAAGUGUUGUGGACCAUCGGAAGAAAAUCUUUGGUCGAUAUUGGUUUGGACAUUGUCGGUGUAAAAACCAACGAAAAGGGCCAGGUGGUGGCAGACGAGUACCAGCAAACAUCCAAUCCCAAGAUAUUUUCGUUGGGAGAUGUGGUUGGAAAAGUGGAAUUGACUCCAGUGGCUAUUGCUGCGGGCCGUAGAUUGAGCAACCGUUUGUUUUCUGGUAAACCAGAAUUUGCCCAUGCCAAAUUGGAUUAUGAGAAUAUUCCUUCUGUGAUCUUUUCACAUCCUGAAGCUGGUUCGAUUGGAUUGUCUUCCAAGGACGCAGAGAAGAAAUAUGGUAAGGAAAAUAUUAAGGUUUACCAAUCCAAAUUCACUUCGAUGUACUAUGCCAUGAUGGACCAAGAUCACAAGGAUCCCACGGUGUACAAGAUUGUUUGUGCGGGUAAAGACGAAAAGGUGGUGGGACUCCAUCUUGUGGGAGAUGCCAGUUCUGAAAUUUUACAAGGAUUUGGAGUGGCUAUUAAAAUGGGAGCCACCAAGGCUGACUUUGACAAUUGCGUAGCCAUCCACCCCACCGCUGCCGAGGAGUUGGUGACGAUGACCUAG